AUGAACAUUUUAUGUUAUUAUCGUGAUUGCACAGAAGAAGAUGCUGCAAAAAUGUAUAAAGAGCACAUUAUUGAUAAAAUUCAAGAUCAAUUGGAAUUUAAUCAAUACUUUACACGUCAGUGGGACAUUCAUAAACAACAGUGGAUAGCCGCUGCCAGACCAAAUGAAUUAACCGUUGUGAAUAACGUUUCUGAAUCUUUAUUUAAAAAGAUAAAAUAUCACGAUUUUGGCUGCGUUAAAAAUCAAAGAAUUGAUGUUUUUGUCAAAAAUCUUUUAGAAGAAGUUGCACCCAAUUACUUUUAUCGUAUUAAAAACGAUUUACUUCAAACAGGUUUUAUUCCUUCAAUUAGAAUUCGCGAGCCUCGAUUGACAGAUUAUAAAACAAAAUUGAAAAGAGAAGUUCAAUCACGUUUAUACCAAGUAUUAAAUUUUGUUCAGAAUCAAGAAGCCAAUUUGAAUCCAUUAAGAUUUUUAUUGGAAAAUGCUGAAGAAAAACUUUCUCAAAUAAAUGAGAAGAUACAAAAUUCAAUUACAUAUUUAAGAUCGUUUGAAAUUCCAAAUGAAUUGUUAGAUACGUAUAUGUUAGAAAUUAAUGAAUUUUGUUAUAAUUCUCCAGAUUAUAUUUUAGAACAUUUCGAAGAAUUUUUGGAGGAUUUCAAAGAAAAGAAUAAUUUAAUAGACUAA